CUUCUCCUCCCUUCACAUCUCUCACUCUCCCCAUCACAUCCAAACUCCAUCACGUUUUCUUUACAAAGCAAUCACUUAUUUAUUUUUUAUUUUUAAUUGUUUUCUCAUCGAUCAGCUUUUAUCAAUACAAAUAUGAAGUUUCUCGUGGAGAUUAAGAAUGGCUCAUCGUUCGAGAUUGAAGUAGACUACAAAGAUACAUUGUUAGAGGUCAAACAGAAGAUAGAGGAGUCUCAGAGUAUUCCUGUUUCGAAACAAACCCUUAUCGUCGACGGUAUAGUUAUUCUUCGAGAGGAUCUUAAUGUCGAACAGUGCCAGAUCGCUCACGAUUCUUGUCUCCAGCUCGACCUUUCUUAUGACAAUAAUCCUAAUCACAACAACGAUCAAAUGCCGCAAACGGAGCAAUCAGGUUGCAAACGGCGUAAGAAAGAGGAAGAGGAAUACAUGGAUACAUCAUAAAAAAAAACUAAUAAUUUUAUUUGUUAUACUUAAUAGGCAGAUUCUGUUUGGUUUGGCAAAAUUAAAAUGGCAAAGUUGAAUCUGUUUUAGAAUAUUUUGUGAUGUAUGCAUCUCCUUGUUGAUAUACUCUUAAUA